AAAUAACUCAAUGAUUAUAAUUUUGGUGGCAUCUUGGGCAUAGAGAGAGGAACUAAAGGAGCAUCAUAAAUAUGCCAUGAUGAGUUGCAAGUGAUAUUAAAGACAUUGUAAUUUUUAAAUGAAAAGCAGCUUAUCCAGCCUUUUAAUAAUUAAUAUCCUGUAAUAAUGUUGAAAUGAUAGUGUUUGGAACUUGUAAGGAAAAUACACUUAAAGGAUAUGUUCUUUCCAUGUUUCACUUAUUAGAUUCCACUGAUAUUUACAAAAUGAGAUGAAGCAUUGCAUCCUAGAAAUAUGAGAUCCUUAAAAAAAAAUUCUAACAUAUCAUCUGUUAUUUUAAAUAGGCUUAGGACUGGAGACAUGAUAAACAUUUUAAAAAGCUAAUUAUGAGAUAAACAUUUUAAAAAGAGGAAUGCAGUGACUGUGAAGACACAACAGGAAAGUCUUUUUCUAGACAUUGUCUGAUUUCAUUACCACAUCCCCAUAGAAUGAAUGUUCUAUGAUUGUCAUUUCACACAUGAGGAGCUCAAGACUCCUAGAGGCUGAGAGGCUGGAUCAGGGCACACAGCCAAUGAGUAGGAGAGUCACGACUGACAGCUGUCUGAUGCCUGAACUUUCAGCAGUUGAACUAUUAUCUAUAUGGAAGGUGCAGCUAAGUUUAGAGAUUGCUUAUAGUCUAGGGAUAACAAAGAGAUCCAUUGGAUGUUAAUAUGCUAUCAACACUCAGGAUCCAGCCAGGAUGCUUCAAGGAGGAAAGAACAUUCUAGGCAAGAGAAGUGGUCUUCAUCAAAAGUAGAAUUCAACUCUAAGAAAAGGAAAUAAGUCAGACGUAAAUAUCAGUGUUUUUGAUGUACAACUGGAGAAGGCAAGAUAAAAGAACCCCGGAAAAGGAUGAAGGCCUAAAGAGAAGGGGAUUCUUCCAUUCAGAUGCUUUGCAUUCAGAAUAGACCUCUGAGUUGGGACCCAAGGUGUCAACUGAUCCCAAAUUCCUAAGUUCCUGACUUGCAGGUAUUGAUUUCUAACUUCUGAAGAUGGAUGAAUGUAUGGAAAUUUCAAGUGAAGGAAAUUCCUUGAUCAAAGCAGUUCAUCAGAGCCGGCUUCGCCUCACAAGACUUUUGCUAGAAGGCGGUGCCUACAUUAAUGAGAGCAAUGACCGUGGGGAAACCCCUUUAAUGAUCGCUUGUAAGACCAAACAUUUCGAUCACCAGAGUGUCAGUAAAGCCAAAAUGGUGAAAUACCUGUUAGAGAACAACGCCGAUCCCAACAUACAGGACAAAUCUGGGAAAACGGCUCUGAUGCAUGCUUGCUUAGAAAAAGCUGGCCCUGAAGUUGUUUCCUUGCUCCUCAAGAGUGGGGCUGACCUCAGCUUGCAAGACCAUUCUAGUUACUCAGCUCUUGUUUAUGCUAUAAAUUCAGAAGAUACAGAGACAAUGAAAGUUCUACUUAGUGCUUGCAAGGCUAAAGGGAAAGAGGUCAUCAUCAUCACAACAGCAAAGUCACCCUGUGGGAAGCAUACAACUAAACAGUACUUAAAUGUGCCUCCUGUGGACAUAGAUGGGUGUCAUUCCCCAGCCACCUGCACCACUCCUUCAGAAAUAGACAUCAAAACUGCCUCAUCACCACUUUCAGAUUCUUCCGAAACGGAACUGAUGCUUUUUGGCUUUAAAGAUCUUGAGCUUGCUGGAAGCAAUGAUGAUACCUGGGACCCAGGUUCCCCUGUGAGGAAGCCUGCUAUGGCCCCUAAGGGGCCCAAGCUCCCCCAGGCUCCACCAUGGAUCAAGAGUCCCCCAUCCUUAAUGUACCAGAACAGAGUGGCUUCAUUGCAAGAGGAGCUCCAGGAUAUUACACCAGAGGAAGAAUUAUCUUAUAAAAUCAAUGGGCUGGCACUUUCCAAGCGGUUCAUCACUAGGCACCAAAGCAUUGAUGUCAAAGACACUGCACAUUUGCUAAGAGCCUUUGAUCAGGCCAGCUCAAGGAAGAUGUCAUAUGAGGAAAUAAAUUAUCAAUCUUAUCUUUCAGAAGGAAAUCAGCAAUGCAUUGAUGUCCCUGUUGACCAGGACCCAGAUUCUAACCAGACAAUAUUUGCUUCCACCUUAAGAAGUAUAGUUCAAAAAAGAAACUUGGGGGCAAAUCACUACAGCUCUGAUUCCCAGCUCUCAGCUGGCCUUACCCCUCCAACUUUAGAAGAUGGCAAAGCACUUAUAGGAAAGAAAAAGAUCCUCUUGCCAUCUCCUUCCCAAUUGUCAGAGUCCAAAGAAUUGUUGGAGAAUAUCCCCCCAGGCCUCCUGAGCAGGAGAAAUCAUGCAAUUUUAGAAAGGCGAGGUUCAGGAGCUUUCCCUUUGGAUCACAGUAUUACCCAAACCAGACCAGGGUUUCUCCCACCCUUAAAUGUAAAUUCUCACCCUCCCAUCUCAGAUACCAAUGUCAACAACAAGAUUUGCAGCCUUCUUUCUUGUGGUCAAAAAAUGCUUAUGCCAACAGUUCCUAUUUUCCCUAAAGAAUUCAAAAGUAAGAAAAUGUUGUUAAGGAGACAAUCAUUGCAAACUGAACAAAUUAAGCAAUUAGUAAACUUUUAGGAGAUGGGUACGAAACACAUUUUCUUCAAAUGUUUAUAUCAUAGAAACAAAGAACUAGAGAAGAAAUCUUAAAUGUUCAUUCUUUUAAAUCUCAUAAUUGGUUAGUCCAUAAUGGCUAGGCAGAUUAAAAUGUAAUUGAUUUGUACUAGGCAUCAUGAACAUAAAAAAUAAUAUAUAGUUUCUGCUAAGGAAAAUUCUCUCAAACAAAAGGAAAGCUAUUUUUCUCAAUGCUUCUAAUAUUUAACAAUCUCCAUGUAGUCUAAAUUUGUCAUU